AUGCCUACCCUCGAGCUUCACAACGGCUAUCCGCUCUGGAAGUACAUUCCGAGUCGUCCUGCGGCCAUAAUCUUCAUCAUCCUCUUUGCGUGCGCCACUGCGUAUCAUCUCUUUUUACUCUCCCGGCAUCGGCUCUGGUUCUGUCUGCCCUUUGUCAUUGGCGGCUUCUUCGAAGCGAUCGGUUACGUUGGUCGCGCGCUGGCCUACGACCAGACGGGCGAGCUGAUCCCCUACAUGCUGCAGUCCAUAUUCCUGCUCCUCGCGCCCAUCCUCUUCGCCGCCUCGCUGUACGCCACCCUCGGUCGCGUCGUCCUUGCCGUCGACGGCUCCUCACACGUGCCCGUCCUCCGCCCGCGCUGGAUCACCGCCAUCUUCGUCACCGGCGACGUCGUCAGCUUCAUGAUCCAGGGCGGCGGCGCCGGGAUGCUCGUCAAGGCGGACUCGGCGGACAGCCACUCCCUCGGCCAGAACAUCAUCAUCGGCGGGCUCGUCUUCCAGAUCCUCAUCUUCGGCGUCUUUGUGGCGGUGGCACUGUCGUUUCACCGCAACUUUGCGCGGGACGGCCUGGUCAACUGCUACUUGGAGGUGCAGUGGCGGGAGGUGCUGGUGAUGCUGUACGGGACGUCGGGGCUGGUGAUGGCGCGGAACGUGUUUCGCGUAGUCGAGUACGUGAUGGGCCAGGACGGCUAUCUGCUCUCCAACGAGUGGUGCGUGUACGUGUUUGACGGGGUGCUCAUGUUCCUGGCCAUGGUCCUCUUCGGGGCGAGGCACCCCGGCCGACUAUUUCCCAAGCAGCGAUCGGGCACGCCGAUAGAAUUGAUUGAGGGUGGCGGGAGGGGCAAGGAUGACGCAGGAUCAUCUGCUUAA